AACCACCAGGAAGUUACAGUAAGUUAACCAUUUAGACGUCGUACCGACCUUCCUUCACGGGUAGUUCUGGGGAUUUACCUUCAUGAGACAUUUCGUGGACUCCUCGUGUGAAAUGGCAUCUAAUGUAUUGUCUGUCUAGUAUAGCCUACUGUAUUGUACAGUAAAUGCGCGUUUGCAGAUUAGAGAGAGUUUUUCUUUGUUUCAAUCGUGACGUGUGCGCUACAUGUAUGAUUCCCAAUGACAAUUGGAAAUGUGUUGUUGUUUUUGAGCUUGUGAAAAUGAUUCGCGGAAGGAAAGCUCCUUGCUUUUGACUAAACGAAAAUGAAGUUACUUCUCACGGUGGGAUUGUUGUUGCCGUUUGUCUCUACUUCAUCAAGUCUACGGAUUUUGGAAUGGCCCACACUAAACUGUACUCAAGAGGGUUUGAGAUGCGAAGCCAACGUCAAUAACUGCCUGGAUCCUGGGUGGUUGAAGCCUUGGCGCUACACUCCUAGCAGCCCAGUGAACCUAGAGGUGGAGCUGGACACUAGAAAAGAUGAGGAGGGACACCUGGUGCCUGUUUUAGUGGCCCGAUGGAAAGCUCAGGAUGACGGAAGCAUUAGUUCCCUGAAAGGAACAGAGCUUCAUGUUUUGAAGGAAGCCACAAACCAGAAUCUGUGUGUUCGGUAUGAAUUCUUCGAUAAGAUGUCCAUGCGUAAUCCAGCAUAUGAAAAGUGGUCUUUCUCCCUGGAUCGAGUGGUGGUUGAACCCGGCCUGUCAUACGUUGUCUCAGUCUCCAACCUCCCCAAACCCAACCUGAAACACUCUGGUUACAACAUCGAUAAACAUAUCACUGUGCCCGAUUGUAAAGAUCCCAAGAUUCAGAAGAGCAAGGUGUGUUUGGAGAGCGGGAGUCUGUGGAGACCUAACACUACGCUGGAGCGGUCUACUGGACCACAAGGCAGAACCACGCUCACUGUUGGGUUCAGUACAGACCAGCACUCACACAACUACAGAGUCUCACUACUGUGCUCCAGCAACAGACAAUGGCAGGACACAGACAUGACCAACCAGACAUGGCUGACUGUAGUGUUUGACCUGGAGAACUGGCCCCAGACCUGUUGCUAUUUUGAUGUGGAGAUCCAUCCGUUUUUUAGCCGUUGCAACAACGACUGUGUACGAAGAAGGAAAACGUUUAACAUAUGUGAGACCUCUCCAACUGUGUUAACGGGAGAUUCUUCAUCUCCUAAAGUCUACACAGCCAUAGCAGCCGCGGUGGUGCUGCUGGUCGGUGGAAUGGUCUGUUGUCUCGUCUGUCAACUACGGACACGGAGAAAGAAAGUCCCACCAGGCCCCUAUCCCCCAGCUGUAGAGCCAGAGGUCCAGAUUCCUCAUCUCCCCAGGGUUCCUCCCAAGGUGUUGGUGAUCUACUCUCAGGACCAUCCUCUCUACAGGAAGAUAGUCCUGAAGCUCUGUGCCUUCCUCCAGGCCAAGUGUGGAACUGAGGUUGUGUUGGACCUUCUAGACACAACCUGGCUGGGCACUGUGGGGAGACUACCCUGGCUGGAGUGGCAGAGACAACAGGUCAACAAAUCAUCAGACAAGAUCCUGGUCCUCUGUUCUCGUGGCGUCCAGGCCAAGUGGAGGGCGAUGUGUGGCCAGAGUCGUGUGACGUUAAGAGAGGACCUCCGGUCGCCCAUCGACGACAUGCUGACGCCGGCCCUCAACCUCUUCCUGCCCGACAUGCAGCAGGCCGCCGCGCUAGGGAAGUACAUGGUGGCCUACUUUGACGAGGUCGGCAGCGAGCGUGACGUGCCGUCUGUCUUCGACAUCGCUGUGAAGUACAAGCUGAUGAAGCACUUUGAGGAGCUCUGCUUCAGGAUCCUGGACCAGGAGAAGUACGCACCGGGACAGGUCAGCCACAUCGAGGGGAUCGGAGUGGAAGAGUACUUCACAUGUCCACCGGGGAGGGAUCUGCGAGACGCCAUCGAAGCCUUCCAGGCGUUCCAGUUAGAGAACCCAGACUGGUUUGAACAGGAGUGUGUUGACAUCAACGCAGAGGAGGAAGUGUUCGCAGUAACAGAGUAUGACGCUCUACUGGAAAAGCCGGUCGCGCCUGUUCUAGAGUUUGUUCCAGAAUACAGGAAUGGGCCACCUGUUCUAGAGUUUGUUCCAGAGUACAGGAAGGGGCCACCUGUUCUAGAGUUUGUUCCAGAGUUCAGGAAUGGGCCACCUGUUCUAGAGUUUGUUCCAGAAUACAGGAAUGGGCCACCUGUUCUAGAGUUUGUUCCAGAGUACAGGAAGGGGCCACCUGUUCUAGAGUUUGUUCCAGAAUACAGGAAGGAGCCUCCUGUUUUGGAGUUUGUUCCAGAAUACAGGAAGGGGCCUCCUGUUCUAGAGUGUGUUCCAGAAAACAGGAAGGAGCCUCCUGUUCUAGAGUGUGUUCCAGAAAACAGGAAGGGGCCUCCUGUUCUAGAGUGUGUUCCAGAAUACAGGAAGGGGCCUCCAAUCUCCAACUAUGAUGUAGAGAUCAAUGAAAACAGCCAGGGAGUCCAGGUCUCUACUCCUGAAGUGAAACUGGAAGGUCACGGGACGUGUGUGCUGGAGCUUCUUCCAAGGGUCAACUCCGACAGCCACCAGAUGUACCCAUCAUACCCAGUCGUUGAGGCCCCACCCGGGGUACUUAUCUCUGAUCUGCACCCCAAUGCCCUGGAGAGUCAACCCUGUGGGUUGUCAGAUCUUCUCCCGAGUGAGCCACCCUUGGCCAGAGAGAACUGUCUCCGCCUACAGGAGAGGUGGGGAACAGCAGACCGUUGCCCUCUAGAGAACGAGGAAGAGGAGGAGGCAUACAGUCCUUCUUGUCAACCCUCCGUUGACACCCUGGAACAACUCAUGUCUCUCCAGCUGUCACUCUGUGGUCUCAGUGCUAUCCCAGAAAUCACCUCUGUGUCCACGGAGAACGGCUACCUAUCACAACCGCGUGGAGAGAUGGACCUAUCACUUCCUGUCACGAUGGGCCAAUCACGACUGUCCUUCAGCUCCAUCCAGGUUACCCCACCUGUACCGAUGGAUAGUCAGAUUCAGUACCUCCUUCCCCUGCCAGAGAUAACCCACUCCCAGCCGGUAGAGAUGGAGGAGGGUGGGGAGGUGAUGAAGCCUGCUGCCCAGGAGAAGAGACCCGUCAGUGGGUCAGACCUGGGCUAUAUCUCCAGGAGCUCCUUCCAGCAGGACUCUUCUGUCCACUACCCUGUAGGAGAGGACAGCGACAGUCCACUGGUGGCACUGGCCAGGCUACAACAGGCUCUCUACCUAAACAAUUAACUACUUCUGCAAUAAAAACGCGGAGAGAACGUUCUAGAAAACGGAUGUUAAUCAUAUAUACUCUGGAUCAUAAACACUUUAGUUGUUCAGCGUCGUCUUUUCAUGUUGUUAUAACACUAUUGUCUAUAAAAGUUUUCCUGAUUUCCUGAUUUGAAAAUGAUGAACAAACCUGGAGUCAAUGAAUCAGCCAAUGGGUUUGUACAGCAUAAUCCAUAUAUUUAGUUCUGACAUCACUUCCUUAUAUCUGGUUGGUACAGGGACAAUAAAACGUGAUCAUGUCCAUAUUUCAGAUAUACACAAUUACACAACAUUCUACACGUAGAAUUGGCUUUCUGUAAACAAUAACCAGUUUCUGUUUUCCUGUACACUAUUUGGGAAUCAAGAUUUUUUUUUUGUCCCAAAUAGCACACCUAUUCCCUACAUAGUGCACUACUUUUGACCAGAGCCCUGUGGGCACAAGCCUCAAAUAGAAAAUCCCAUUUAAUGGGUUCGACAAAACAUAGAAAACGUUCAUGCUGGAAUCAGAAGCGUAGUAUCUGUUAAAUAUAAAUCCCAUUUUAACAAAUCAAAAUGGAGUCAGUCAGAGUUAGUCUCGGCCUCUUUUAACACGUAUUCUAGAUCCAAGAAAGAAAGCCCUUGGUGGUUCAGUGCUUCUUCUAUUGGCCUAUUGCUGGACACAAAAUAUAUAUUUUUGUUGUUGUCAGUACAUACAUUGUCACAACCUGUCUUUUAUCUAGCCUGGGUACCUGUCUGAUUGUGUUGUUAUGACAACUCAUGACAAUGAGAAAUGGAGUUGGUGAGAGCACAAACAGAUCCAGGGGGCCAGGCU